AUGUUUUCCUAUGUCUCUAAAAUAAAUGGUGUGAAAAGAUUAAGAGUGAGAUCUUUGAAAAAAGAUAUAAAUGAUAACUUAUAUGGAAUAAAAAAAAACAAAAAAUUAAGUUCCAAAACAACAAAAUAUAUAAAUUAUUAUUUUUGCAAGAAAAAAAAAGUUGAAGAACAAAUAGCGUUUAAUAAAGAGAAAAAAAAAAAACUUGAAUAUACACCAUCCCUUUUUCAAGUUAUAUAUAAUAUCAAAGAUGACAAACUUUUAAAUAUAAAAAGGUGUAACAUUUUAGAACUAAGCUCGGAUGUCAAAAAUAAAGAAAAUAAUUUAAGUAUAAUAAAAAAUGAUGGAGAAAAUAAUGAAAUAAAUACAGAAUAUUUUAGUACUAUUAGUAAUGAAGAGGUGCGUGACAGUUUGGAAAAUAAUGCCAAUUUAAAUAAUGUUGAAAAAAAUGAUAUGCAUAAUACAAAUUUACAAAAAACUGACAUGGCUUCAAUACAACCAUGUGUAAAUAUAAGACGAGAUAAAAUGUUAAAGGAUCUGAAAAAUAUGGAUAUUGUAAACAAUAUUAUGGAUAUAAAAAAAAACAAUGAUGUGUGCAACAUUUAUUUAAUUACAAGUUUAAUUAAUAUAUAUCAUGAAAAUAAUUAUAAUUAUUUAAUUUUAAAAAUAAUAAAAGAUAUGAAAUAUACCUUAAAUAGGAUGAAUAUUAAAGUGUUAAGUCUAAUAUUAUUUAAUUUGUAUAAAUAUUAUUUAAUGUGCUAUAUUAAAAAGGUAUAUGAAAAAGAUGGGAGCAUAAAUUUUAAAUCAUAUUUUAAUAUGUUCUACACACUAGAUCAUGGGAUAAACAAUUUAAAUGAAUAUAAGUCUGACUUUUUAAAUAGUAACAUAAUAAAAAAUUUUCUUAUAUCUAUAUCUUAUGACAUUAAAAAAAAUUUAUACUAUGAAACAAAUAUGUCUGUUUUGAGUAGAAUAAUUUUUGUCUAUUCUUUUUUUUUGGAUAAAGAUUAUAAAUUAUUUGAAUUAUUAAUUGGAAGGAUAUUUAGCAGUUUGAAAAUUAAGAGAGAGAAAAAUGAAAAUGGAAGUAGUAUUUCGAUUGGACGUACCAAAAUUGAAAAUAUAUCUUUAGUAGCAAUAUCCUUUGAAAAGUUGAAGUUAUACUCUGCAAAAUUUACUCUCCUACAUUCUUAUAUACUUUUGAGGAAAGUAAAUAGAUUAAUAAAAUAUGCUGAAAAGGUAUUAUUAAAUAAGAAAAAAAAAAUAUUAAAAACAAAAAAUUUAAAACAUAUAAAUUUAUUUCCUAUGCAUUCUCGUGAAAAAAUGUAUAUAAAGUUACCACUAAUAAAUUUAAAGGAUAUAUUUAUUUAUUUAUAUAUUAUAAAUAAGAAUAAUAUAAAAAAUAAUCGCUUUAUAAUAUCUAUUUUAAAAUAUGCACAAAUAUUUUUCAAGCCAAAUUUUGAAAACGAUAAAAAAAGUUAUACCUAUUCAUAUGCUCAAAAUGUUGCUCGAAAAGAAAAACAAAUUAACAACAAACCAAGUUAUUUGCAAUUUUAUAAUAAUUCACUAAACAGUUUUAGAGACUCUUCAAACUUGCCAAGUAUGAGAAAUAGUAGUAACCCAGGGAAGUGUGCAAAUAGUUAUGAUAGUGAAAGAAUAAAUAUACUUAAUAGUUAUAAAUCUAUAGUAUUGAAAAAAAAAAAAAAUAAUAAAAUAAAUAAAAUGUUAGCUUUAUAUUCUCUAUAUAUAGCUAACAAAAAUAGACAAAACAGAUUGACAAAAUUUCACAACAAUAAUAAUGAUAUGGCUGUAGAAAAAAUAAAUAAUAGUAAUUUUAUUAUUGAAAAAAAAGACAUAAAAAAAAGUGAGGUAUCUAAAAAUAAUGAAGAUGUUGGGAAAGAGAGUGAUAAAGAUAAUUUACUUCCUUUUGUCAUGGCUAAUAAAAAGAUUUUAAAUUAUUAUUCAGUAGACUUAAUAUGUAUGAGCAUUUUUUUAAAUUAUUUAAUUAAUUAUGAUUAUAUAUUUAUGAAAAAGUUUGGAACAUUUAAUUGGUUAGUAAAAUUGUAUAUAGAUUUAGUAAGAAAAACAAAUUUGAAAGAAAUCCAUUUUUUUUAUUUAUACAAAAUGUUUGAAAUAAAUAGAAAAUUAAAUAUAUACAAUAAUUUUUUAAGCAAAUUAUUAUACUCAUCUGUUUAUUUUAAAUGUAAACAAGCAAUUAAAAAUUUAGAUAAGUAUAGAUUUAAAGUAGAUUCCCAGCUUGACAACCUGUAUGACCAAUACAGUUUUCAUUAUUUAGUUAAGACUUAUAUUGAAUUGUUAAAAAGUAAGAUUGUAGAUAUAAACUUAUUUAAUUCGAUAAAUAAAUGUUUGUCUAUUUUUUUGGAGAAGACAAAAAUAUGCCCAUCUAACUACUUAACAGUUCAUAAGUGCUUAAAAUUGUUGUGCCUACUAAAUGGGAAUAUUAAGCAUAUAGGGUUAGAAGCAAAAAAUGACAGUUUUAAACACCAUAAAAGGUAUGCAUUUUACUUGAUUAAAAAUUUAGAGAAGACAAACUUCAGCACACUAAGUAAUGAGUAUGUGCUAAAACUUUUUAAACAUGUAAAUAGUUUAGUAAAAAAAAAAAAAAAAAAAAAAAAAUAUUCCCAAACUCGUGAAGAAAGCUGGAAAAUGGUAGAACAGGUAUAUACAAAAUUAUGCACCACAGUAAAUGAAAGAAUAUACAGUUUUAACUUUUUAGAAAUAAUAAAAUUAUAUUUAUAUAGUAAUUAUAAUUUUAGAAAUAAAAUAUUUUUUUCAAAUAAUUUGAUUAAAAAUGUGUUACAACAUAGUGACAAAAUUCAAGACGACAAUAUUUUUGUUUCGAUUUUUAAAAUGGCAAUGUUUGAGAUUUGUUUAAAUUUGCAAAGGGACUAUAAAAAUGGAAUAAACUAUGUAAAAAAUGUAGAGACUAUAAAAAAUGCAGAGGGGGUAGACAUCGUAAGCAAGUGUAAGAGCUGGACGGGUGUCUUGAAUUUGCUGACCUUGAGCAAAGAACACAUUAAAAAUGAUAUAAAUCAAAUAAAAAAAAAAAACAUUUAUGUAAUAUUAAUGCAGUCGUUUUUUUGUUUAUUCAGCAUUUUUAAGCAUAGCAGAUGGGUAUAUAAAAGAUGGAAAAAAACAAAGUUUGUCAUAAAAAAUGUGGGAGAAAUAUAUCGACUGAAUAAUACAAAAAUGAAUUGUAAAAUAGUAGACAAUUUAUUGGAUAUAAUAAAUACAAUUUUAGAAAAAGGAUGGAUUUGUAACAAUGAUGAUAAGAAUUUUCUUAUAUAUAUAUUUCUUUUAUAUUUGAAUAAGAUAUUAAUAAAAAGUCGAUUUUUUAAAAAAAAAAAAGGAAAUUUAUUUUUACAGACAUCCAAAAAUUAUAUCAAUGAAUUGAAUAAAAUAUUAAAUUGUCCUUUAUCAAAUUCGAGUAUAGCAUAUACAAAUCCAUUAUUAUUAUUUUAUUUAUUUAAAUAUAAGAUUUUUUUAAUCAAUUAUAAAAAUCGAAAAAGUAAAAAUCAAGCAUAUUCAUAUGUUAGGAGUCCAAUAUUAUAUCGUAAUUUAGUAAGUUGGGAAAAUGAUUAUAAACUAUUUCAAACUUUAUAUUUUGCAACAGUUCAGAAUCCUACCAUUUUGAACAGCUACGACUUUACUUUUUUACACACACCCUGGAACUAUCUAUACUGUCGUUCUACAUUGGGUUUGGCAAACAAUUCAGAAAACCCUAAAUCAACAUCAUAUUAUAAUGUAAAUAAUUGGAAUAAUUUAGUAUCCAUUUUACAAAACCAUUAUGACACAAACUCAAUAAAUAUUUUAUAUUUGUUUAUUUGUCGUAAAAAAGAAAUUGAGUAUUCUCUUAAAAUGGCAUUGAUGAGAGCAUAG